AGUUUCUCUCUUCGUCCUCCACCUCCUCCACAAGCGUCCUCAUCUCGUAAGCUGAACUAAGAUUCCUAAUGGCGAGAUCUGACACUUCUCCCGCGGCUCUCGGAUCUGAUGCGGAUGAAAACAAUCCUGCUCCUGCUCUUGCUCCUGCUCCUGCUCCCACCGACGGUUCACCCGCAGCCAGUGGUUCCCAGAAACGCGGCCGUGGUCGUCCUCCCAAGUCCAAAUCCGACUCCCACCCAAACGGCGCCGUUUCGGCUAGGAAACCAAGCGGUCGCCCCAAAAGAAACGCUACGGCAGCAGCGGCUGCUGUUCCGGCUGCGUCUGCGGCUGUGAAGAGCGGCCGUGGUAGGCCAAGGAGGUCGAACACUCAGCCUGCGACGGAGUCUCCGGUGACUGGAUCGAGGAAGCGUGGGAGGCCAAAGAGAGAUGACGUGGCGGCUGCGGCUCCAGCUAAGAAACGUGGACGGAAACCUAAAACUGAGCAAGUGGCCAAGCAGAGGACUUCCAACAGGACGAGGAAGGCAACAGAAGCUACUACUGGGCAGGGAGCUGCAGACCCAAAAGAGUUCAAGAAAAAAGCAGCACUCUUGCAAAAGAAAGUGAAGCAAGCUGCGGAUAAGUUGAAGAUAGCAGUUUCAGCAAUUGAGGAGGUCCAGAAGAUAGCGGAUGGAAUGUAGAAGACUCAUCAUCAGCAAGGGAUAGUGGAGAAGAAAGAAUGUUAUGUUUGUCUGUUUUAGGGAAAACAUUUGUUUGCAGAAAUUCAAAGACUAAUUGGUUCAACUUUGAUGUUUCAGUUUAGAAGUUUGUUUGUACGUUCUUUCCUCGUAGGAAUGGUAAGAGAAAACAGCUAGUGUUAAUGGUUCGUAUGCUUUGAUGAUAUAUCUUGUGUAGCUGUGACUUUGGAAUGCUUCAACACUUUUGCGUUAAAACUCUUUCUUUCUGAA